UUCUGUAAUUAUGUAUGUAUAGACAUUUUUCUAGUGAGCUGCACUAGCGUCACAUUAUUUGCUUGUUGACCACGUCAUUGGACAGUAAAUAGGAUAUCACCAGGCAGAGGUGGUAUACCCAUAAUUACGUCGCUGCAUCAUGUCUGCACUUGCCAUGCCGGUUGACCCUUUGGGAUUCGCGACGCCACAUGUCGUCGCCACGGUUUUGGCGUCACUUUCACUCUAUUUGCACAGAUGGGGAGAAUAUGUCAAAUUCACGGAUCGCGUGAGUACAUUUUGGGACCAGGAAGGAGAGCAGUUUGACUUCAUUGUUGUGGGGGGCGGGUCAGCGGGAGGAGUUUUAGCGAAUCGGUUAUCGAUUCAUUAUAGAGUUUUACUACUUGAAGCUGGUGGGAGGAUUAAUCCGUUACAAACAAUUCCAGCUUUCUCUUUGAUGAUGCUCAAUUAUCCAGAAAUUGAUUGGAAACACAAAACCGUUCCACAAAAACAUUCGUGCUUUGGAUUGCCAAAUAAUAAAUCACAUUGGUCUCAAGGAAAAGGUCUCGGAGGAACUAGCAACAUCAAUUUUCUCAUCCAGUCGAGAGGUCACCCAAAAGAUUUUGAUAAUUGGGCCAACUUAACGGGUGACACUUCCUGGAGUUAUGAAAAUCUAUUGCCAUACUUUCGCAUGAGUGAAGACUAUCAUGGGCCUUGGGACAAUGCACGGACGCACGGAAAAGGUGGCCCGAUUAGGGUUGCACUUCCGGAAUAUACAGGGAUGGCUGAUGUGUACGUAAAAGCUGCUGGAGAACUUGGCUAUCCACGCCAAGAUUUAAACGGAUAUUAUACAGAAGGAUUCGAUACAAUUUUCUACCCCAUAAAGAACGGAAGACGAUUCGGAGUUUACGGUGCAUAUAUCGAAAGCGCAAUAAAACGGCCCGACACUAAAUUAACUGUGAGGCGAUUUGCUCACGCGAAAAAGGUUCUAAUUAAUGAACUUGGCGUCGCGUACGGCAUCGAAUACGAUUGGCACGGAGCACAAAUGGUUGCUUAUUCGGCGAAAGAAGUCAUCAUUUCGGCCGGUGCAAUGAUGUCACCGCAGCUUCUCAUGCUGUCCGGAAUUGGUCCGAAAGAACAUCUCGAAUUUUAUGGGAUUCCCGUAGUAUCUGAUCGCCCUGUCGGCAAAAAUCUGCAAGAUCACAUUUCUGCCUAUUUGGGUCCAUUCUUUGUCGAUCAACCAAUCUCAUUUUCCAUCGAACGAGACGUGACUUCCAUCAACGUUGCCAACUUUGCAGCGCAGGGCACCGGCGUUUUAACGACGUCCGGGACCCAAGCGAUGGGAUUCUUUUCUUCAACACAUGCCAAAGAGAGGGGUGAAGGAGACUGGCCGGACAUUCAGUUCAUUUUGGCAGGAGUCGCAAUCGGUAAAAAUUUUGCCACCGACUUUGCUCGUGGUUUCGGAGUGAAAAAGAAGCUUCUUGAAAAAUAUUGGGACCACGCUGUUGGAACGGAUUCCUUCCUGCAAAUCGUGUCCCUCGGGAGACCCAAGGCUCGAGGGGAUAUCAAACUUCAAAGUAUCGACCCCUACACGCCAGCCCUGAUCGAUCCCAAAUAUCUGGACAAUAAACAUGACUUGGACAUUUUGGUGGAAGCUGUGAAAAAAGGGGUCGAACUUGUCGAGGAAACUAAAACUUUUAAACGUAUCAAUGGAAGAUUUACCGACCAGGCGUGGCCCGGCUGUGAACAUCUUCCAUUUAAGAGUGAUGCAUAUUAUGAGUGUUAUGUGACACACUUUUCCGUCACUUUACAUCACAUUGUUGGAUCCUGUUCCAUGGGUGCCGUGAACUCACCCGAUGCCGUAGUUGACACACAGCUUCGUGUCAUUGGCGUGGACCGUUUACGAGUUAUUGAUGCUUCUGUGAUGCCUGUCGUAGUCGUGGGAAAUACCAACGUUCCCACGAUUAUGAUUGGAGAAAAGGGAGCUGACAUGAUUCUCAAAGAUUAUGAAGAAGAACGACUUGCAAUUGAGGAGGCUCGUCGCCAAGUAGAAGAGGAAGCUCGGCGCAAGGCGGCAGAAGAGGAGGCAAAAAAAGUUGCAGCCCAGGCCCAACUGGAACAAGAACUAUUGAAAAGGUCAACCACUCCCAGUCCACCCACAGAGGUCACACAGCCCCCAGAUGACCCCGAUGACCCUGACGACCCUGAAGAUCCCGAGGACACGGAUAGGACCCUGCUCACUGCCGAGAUUCUGGGCAUGAACGUCACUUCGAAAUCUUUUUACAGUCUUAGCAUCGAAGAACAGGACAAAAUGUUUCUCAGUAUUUAUUCAGCGUCCCAAACUCGAUAUUACAACUCGGUGGGGAGAAAUUUUACUGGAAAAUUGUUAUAAAUUCUUUCAUUCCGAUUAAUAAAAUUCUUAUUCGUGACUAAAGUUUAA